GUUUUCCUGAUUGGCAAUUUUGACACAGUGGACUGUUGUUCUUUCGAGAGCUUAUUGAUUUCAGGAAAAUAAUUUCAAGUUUUCGGAGUGAAAAACAAUUUCAUAAAAAACAACCAUGCCUGGAGAAGACAUACAUGAGCCGGAAACACCGGCAACUCAACGUUUAACUAAUGACGACUUCCGCAAGCUGCUUAUGACACCAAGGGCACCGAGCGGGACUUCUCAUGCGGCUGGUUCUGUUCGGGAUGCAAUGGCCAAAUCAUCUACUUCGACAUCAGCAUCAUCUUCGACCAUGAAACCACCUUCAUCAGAACGGCACGAAGCUCGUCGGAAGAAGAAGAAUUUUUAUGCCCAACUGAAGAAACAGGAGGACAACAAACUAGCGGAAUUGGCGGAAAAAUAUCGUGACCGGGCUCGCGAGCGCCGUGAUGGGGCCAACCCGGAUUAUCAGAACGUUGAUGCCUCUAAUUCGACUGGUGCUUAUCGGGCCGUGGCACCGGAUGUAAAAUCUGGGUUGGAUGCCGCGGAACGGAGACGUCAACAGAUUCAGGAAUCUAAAUUUUUGGGUGGUGAUAUGGAGCAUACUCACUUGGUGAAAGGACUCGAUUAUGCUUUACUGCAAAAGGUUCGUAGUGAGAUCGUGGUCAAGGAGCAGGAACAGGAAGAUGAAAUGGAGAAGAUAGUAGAUGUUCCCGCUGAAACCACCCAAAAGCAUCCUGUUCCCGAGAAAGAGCAGCUGAAGGAAGACGAGAUUGAAUUCCGCACUGCAUUAGGAAAGAAUGUUCACAGGAUUUUGGAGAUCCAAAGAUCGCGACAUGUUGAACGCAAUGAAAUGUUCGCUCCAGGUCGGAUGGCCUAUCAUAUCGAGCUGGAAGAUGAGAACGCAGAAACGGAUAUACCAACAACGGUGAUUCGUUCGAAGGCAGAGGUUCCGCUGGUAGCGGGCGAUACCCAAACGCUGACAACAAAUGAUAUCGUAAUUAACAAACUGGCCCAAAUUUUGUCCUAUCUACGUCAAGGUGGGCGAGGCAAGAAGAACAAACGCAGAGACAAAGAUAAGCCGCUGUUCAAGUUAUCGGAAGACAAGAACAUAGAUGAUUCCAUCUAUGGCGACAUCGGUGAAUAUAAACCAACUCGACGUUACGAUGCAGGAUCAUCUUCAUCGAAAGCAGAUGAUAGCCAAGUCAAGCAUAGAUAUUUCGAAAACUCUAACGAACAAGAAGAGCGUGAAGUCGGAGCUAUUCAAAUCCCCGCACCCCCUAAGCUAUCAGCUCAACUGAUAACGAAAUUAACGGCUGAACCCGAAGGAUACGCAGAAUGUUAUCCAGGUUUGCAGGAAAUGAACGACGCCAUAGACGAUUCUGAUGAUGAAGUCGACUACACUAAAAUGGAUCUCGGUAAUAAAAAAGGGCCAAUUGGGCGAUGGGAUUUCGAUACGCAAGAGGAAUAUUCGGAUUAUAUGAGUAGCAAAGAAGCUCUUCCGAAGGCUGCAUUCCAGUAUGGCGUUAAAAUGCAGGAUGGUCGUAAAACGCGCAAACAUAAGACAGAGAAGAAUGAGAAAGCUGAGCUGGAUCGCGAAUGGCAGCAAAUUCAGAAUAUCAUUCACAAGCGCAAAGCAAAAGAGGGAUCUAGUAGUGAGAUUGACUUCAAAAAGGCAAAACAAUAAGUAAAUUAAUUAUUUAAAUGGAACGAAUCGCUCAGUUAAAAAACUGUUAAAGCUGAUGUUAGUCGCUAUUUCUGUUUUUUCGAAAAAAUAUUAAAAAAAGCAUCCUCAAACUGGAUUACGACGUUCUGAAUUUCCCUGUUUCUUAAUCCAUAUUUCGUUCCAUCUACCAAAUUUGCUUUACAACUGAAUGAUAUAUGGGUCACUCAAAUGAGAUGUUAGUGCUAAUAAAAUGUCUUGAUACUGA